UGUUCGGCUCCCGCUGCGGCCCAUUCCGGGGAAUCUAGACGGGAACUUGUAAUUCACUGCGCGGACCUAAUGCAAGACAAGCCAGAACAGCGUGCAUUUGGCUAGCUCCAGUAGCCAUCGCAGCCAUGGAAGCGUCCUCGCAGUCCGCGGCGGAGGAGAAGAUGCGCCUUCAGGAGCGCCUCCAGCUCCAAGAAGGUCAUGAGUCUUCGAUGUCGUCACAGAGCCGCGGCCCCGCUUCCGGGAGAAAUACGGUCCCCAUGACCGAGGAGGAGCUCGAGUCGUCGCCGGUAUACGAUCAGCAAUCGCCCCUGUACUCUCUUGUCCCCGACCAGCAGUCUCCGCCCCCCUCCCAAAGCGCCAUCCCGCGGCGCCCCGUGCCCGGUUCCGUGCCUGGUCCGGUCCCCCGUCCUGUCCCCGAGUCCGGCCUGGAACCGGUGCCCCGUUCGCCCACCCCACCGCCGUACUCGGGCCCCUCCACCCCGGCCCAGGAACCAAUUCAACCUCAUGAGUCCCAAACGGGCGGGCCCAGGCCACCUCCCCGGUACCCGGGACUCCCCGCACUGGACUACCGCCUCUACAAACCUCCCCUCUUCGAGCUCUCCUCGGACAAGACCACCAUCAAGACCACCGCUGCCCACCUCUCCACCUCGGCCGAAGCCCUGGUCGCCCUGAUCCGGCAGCAGGCCACGGUGCCGCCCAAGCCGCAGGUCCACAUUGUCGGUCGGCGCGGCAGCAGCCCCAACAGCGGGCGCGUCGACUUCGACAUCAAGCUCAACCUCCUCCCCCUGCUCGUCCCCGAGGACCCGCGCCAGCGCAUGGACUACCUGCGCUGCGUCGGCCCGGGCGAGGUCGCCUUCCGCGGCGGCUCCAAGCCUUCCACCCAGCCCGAGGUCGACGGCGACGGGUCGCUGGACGCGUGGGCCGCCCGCUUCGUCGCCGACACGGCCAGCGUCAAGGCCUUCGCGCUCGAGCGCGUCGUCGUCAACCUGGACAUGGACUGGCUCGAGGGCCAGAUCCGCAAGCUGGUCGUCGGCAUGCGCUACCCCGGCACCGUGGCCGUCUCCUUCCCCGUGACGCACAACCGCGUCGUCGUGCAAAACCCGGACCGGGUCAACAAGUUCAUCACCAGCGUCACCGGCCUCUUUGUGGGCAAGAGGAAGUACGAAGUCGUCAAGGCCGUGUGGCCCUUUGCCACCAUGCCCAAGGGGAGCGAGGGAGAAGGGAGGCGGUGUGCGGUGCAGAGCGAGGAGGUUUGGUGGAGAGAGUGGAAGGACCCGAUCCGCUAUGCAAUCGCUACAAAACGGCAUGGUUGGGUCACCAACGAAGACAAGUUGGAGGCCCUCAUGGAGGGGACGCCGUCGACUACGCCUGCUGAUGUAGACUGGGGCCCUGAAUACUAGGGGCUGACCCCCUUCAUGACAUAUACGCCGUAGCCCGUUUACGCGUAUUGGAGACAAAUUCUUCAUAAACUUCAUAGCGCUGGAGUUGGAGGGGUUGGUUUCUUGAGCUCGGUAUCAGAUACCUCUGCUAAUAU